CGCGCCUCUGGUUCAACAUUCUCCGUGCUUGAUUUGCGCAAUAAUCUCCGCACCGGUCCUUGCAAUUUCAAAGCGCUUCAUCAAUCUACAAGGAAAUCUGGUCAAUACUCCUCCCAUUCCAUUCACCUCCAUCCCGUCGUCUUCAUUCAUUCAUUCUCCAGUUGAGCUGAGCUGCUGCUUAAAUUAUUUGAUCUGAGACAUUAGGGGAGCAAUCUAUGAGCUGCUUUGGCUGUUGUAAGGAAGGUGAUUUGAAGCAGACCUCUGAUGGGGGAGGUCAGCAUUCAGUGAAAUUUUCAGCAGGUAAAUAUGAAACUAAACACGACAAAGAGGCACUGGGUGGUAUUCAAGACAUUAAAUCUCAGUCUAUUGCAGUCCCUGCAAUACCAAUCGCUGAACUUAGGGAGGUCACAGGUAAUUUUGGGAGUGCUGCUUUAAUUGGGGAAGGUUCGUAUGGAAGAGUGUAUUAUGGAGACCUUAAAUUUGGGAGGGCUGCUGCAAUUAAGAAUUUGGAUUCAAACAAACAACCAGAGGAGGAAUUCUUGGCACAGGUAUCUAUGGUUUCAAGGUUAAACCACGAAAAUUUUGUUGAAUUACUUGGCUAUUCUGUUGAUGGCGAUCAACGUGUUCUUGCCUAUGAGUUUGCAUCCAAUGGAUCACUUCAUGAUAUUCUUCAUGGGAGGAAGGGAGUAAAAGGAGCACAACCUGGCCCUCUGCUUUCCUGGACACAGCGAGUUAAGAUUGCUGUAGGAGCAGCUAGGGGCCUCGAGUAUCUGCACGAAAAAGCUGAAGUUGAAUUGGUGCAUCGAGAUAUCAAAUCCAGCAACGUUCUGCUUUUUGAUGAUUAUGUAGCAAAAAUAGCUGAUUUUGAUUUAUCCAACCAGUCUCCUGAAAUGGCAGCACGGCUCCACUCAACUCGUGUUCUUGGCACAUUUGGCUAUCACGCUCCUGAAUAUGCAAUGACUGGGCAGCUAAAUGCAAAGUGUGAUGUGUACAGUUUUGGCGUUGUCCUUCUUGAGCUGCUCACCGGGCGUAAACCCGUUGAUCAGACCCAACCGCGAGGCGAACAAAGUCUUGUUACAUGGGCUACUCCAAAACUCACUGAAGACAAGGUUCGGCAAUGUGUCGAUCCGAGGCUGGCAGGGGAGUAUCCCCCCAAAGCAAUUGGAAAGUUUGCUGCUGUCGCUUUGUUGUGUGUGCAAUACGAGGCAGAUUUUAGGCCAAACAUGGGCAUUGUGGUGAAGGCACUCCAGCCCCUUCUCAAUACACGGCCUGGUAUUGGUGGCGACGUGGGCCACGCGGCGUGAUGAAUGCUAGGAGUAGUACUAUAUUGGUUACAGUCAAUUACACUUUUGUCCUCAUUAGUUUGUACUUUUAUAGGCACAUUGAUUUGGUCCAACAUGAGAGCGGGGUGUGUCUUUAGUACACCCCUUUCAAGUGUAAUUGCUUGAAGAAAAAGAAAAGGACAUUUGACUU